UUCGCGAUCUUGAACUUCUUACCUAGGACGACGGCCAGUAAAUUACACCUUUUCGCCAUUUCCGACAUUCGACAAAUCGGCCAAGAUGAAGUACAUUCAUUCCGAAGAGACUCUGACCAUCCCAGAGGGUGGUAAGUACGGUGUUUUUCAUUAUUGGAUUGUUGAAAUUCGAAGAAAGGGGAUUGCAGUUCAAUCUAGAAGGAAUUGAUGAAGCGCAUCGAAGAAUAUUGGAAGGAAAAUUUCUGCAGAUGAAGAAUGAAUACUGAUCGGUUUGAUUGAAUAGUCAAGGUCGCCAUCAAAUCCCGCCAAGUUACCGUUGAGGGACCAAGAGGUAAACAAUUCCUACAUUGAUCGACAAUCAGCCAAUCCGCAAAUCUAAUACAAUCGAAAUAGGCAAACUCCACAAGGACCUUAGCCAUUUGGCAGUCAACUUCUCCAAGCCAAAGAAGGAUGUCAUCAAGAUCGAGCUUCACCACGGAGCCCGCAAGAACGUCGCCACUCUCCGAACCGUCCGUACUCUCAUCAACAACUUGAUCAUCGGUGUUACCAAGGGUUUCAAAUACAAGAUGAGAUAUGUCUACGCACAUUUCCCAAUUAACGUCAACGUUGAGAAGGGACCAGAGGAUAUCCCAGUCGUUGAGAUCAGGUAUGAUGGUUCAAAGGAAAGAAUUUGGCUUGGAAGAUGGAAAUGCUGAUUAUAUUGGUAUAGAAACUUCAUCGGUGAGAAGAUCGUCCGUAAGGUUCCAAUGAGAGAGGGUGUUGCUGUUGAGCCAUCAAAGAACGUUAAGGAUGAGCUUCAAUUAUCUGGUAACUCCCUUGAGGAUGUUUCCCAAUGCGCCGCCGACAUUCAACAAAUCUGCAGAGUACGAAACAAGGAUAUCCGAAAGGUAGGCAUCAAAAUUUCUUAUCCAAAAAAAUUAUACUGACAGUCAUAACAGUUCUUGGAUGGUUUGUACGUCUCAGAGAAAGGUAACAUUAUUGAGGAUUAAAUGGAUGAAAUCUCUGGUGGUCACCUUUUCUUACAUUCAAGAUGUGUAUUUGGAGCGUUAAAAGGGUCACUUUGCAUAUCAUGUAGCAAGGUGCUCGGAAUGAAUAUCUUGCGCAACAACUAUCUGCGAUUCCAAAUUAUUGAAACGAUCGAUACCUCGGUGACAAAGAUUGCAUGAUAGAUGAUUCGGGGGAAGGGUGUGCUAGCACAAUGAUUUGGGGAGAGCUUUUGAGAGAUCAAUGAACCAAUUAUGAACCCUUCUAGAUGUCAUGGCAUAAGUUUCAAGUUCAAAUUUUGGC